AUGCCUACUUAUGCCAAGUUCAUGAAGGACAUCAUUUCUAAGAGGCGUACCAUCGAUACCAACCCGAUUAUUCUAAUCGAAACUUGUAGUGCUAUUUUGCUGGGUAUGAAUAUCCCAAUGAAGAAGAAAGACCGAGGAGCGAUCACUAUCCCUUGUACCAUUCGAGAUAGGUCAUUCAAAAAGGCUCUUAUUGAUCUAGGAGCUAGUGUGAGUCUCAUGUCGUUAUCCAUUUACAAGAAGCUUGGUAUAUGGGUUGUGCAAGAUACUAGGAUGACACUCCAAUUUGCGGAUCAUUCGGUUAAGAAACCAUAUGGUAUUGUUGAAGAUGUUCUAGUGAAAAUUGAUAAGUUUGUAUUCCCGAUGGAUUUCGUGAUUCUAGAAAUGACUGAAGAUGAAGAGACCCCUCUCAUUCUUGGGAGACCCUUUUUAGAGACGGGAAGAUGCUUGAUCAACAUAGAAGAAGGGACUAUGACUUUGAAGGUUUAUGAUGAGGAAUUAAAGAUUGAUAUUCGAAACACCAUGAAAUACAAAGAUGAUAUUUGCACCAGUCAUACUAUAGAGGCUCUGGAUCAAGUGAUGACAUGUGAUAGUCCUUUGAAUGCACCACAGUUACCUUUGGAAAGAGUGUUGAGUUUGUCCAUUUUCGACAGUGAUAAAGAAGUGGACAACGGGGAAUCCGAAGUGCUGGCCAUGAUGGAUGCACAACCCCUUUGGAAAGGAUCUCGAUCACAUCAGUGGGAAUAUUUACGAUUACCUCAAACUAGUGAGGAGGAUAAAGAGCCCAAAAAGGGAACGGAGUUGAAACAACUUCCUGAGAAUCUCAAAUAUGUCUUUUUCGAUUCUGAAGGUAAAUGCCCAGCUAUAACAAAUUCGAGCUUCAAUAGUAUCCAAGAAGAGAAGCUCAUCCACGUCCUGAAAAAAUACAAAAAUGCUAUUGGAUGCACAAUUGAGGAUUUGAAAGGUGGUGUGAUCCAUAACGAUUUUGACUCUAACAAGAAGAAAAAGUUUGUUCAUGAUUGCAGGUUCUACUUAUGGGAUGACCCAUUCCUAUACAAGAGAGGAGUAGAUGGGCUAGUCAGAAGAUGCGUCCCGGAAGAGGAACAAAGGGAUGUACUCAGAGCUUGUCAUGACUCGAAUUAUGGAGGACACUUCAGUGGUGACAGAACAGCAGCUAAAGUCCUUCAGUCAGGUCUAUAUUGGCCCACACUAUUCAAAGAUGCCCAAGACAUAGUCAAGGAGUGCGACAGAUGUCAAAGAACGGGCAAUAUUUCUAAGAGAAAUCAAAUGACGCAAAAUGUUAUGCUGGAAGUCGAAUUGUUUGAUGUGUGGGGAAUAGACUUCGUGGGACCGUUUCCGCCCUUAUUUGAAAAGAAUUACAUCUUGGUAGCAGAGGACUAUGUGUCAAAGUGGGUGGAAGCGGUGGCAUUUCCCACCAAUGAUUCUAAAGUGGUUGUGACUUUUCUGAAGAAUAAUAUUUUUUUGAGAUUUGGAGUGCCGAGAGCACUUAUCAGUGAUGAAGGUACUCAUUUUUUAAACAAACUGAUGGAGAAUCUACUGAAGAAAUAUAAUGUUAAACACAAGAUCGCCACUCUGUAUCACCCUCAAACGAGUGGCCAGGUCGAAGUGUUCAACAAGAAGAUAAAGCAAAUACUGGAAAAUAUUGUGUGCUCAUCUCGAAAAGAUUGGGUAGUAAAGUUAGAAGAUGCACUAUGGGCGUACAGAACAACAUUUAAAACGCCUAUAGGUAUGUCCCCCUAUCAGUUAGUUUACGGUAAAGCUUGUCACUUGCCACUAGAGUUGGAGCACAAAGUGUUUUGGGCAUCCAAAUUCUUAAAUUAUGAUCUUGCCAAAGUUGGUGAAUCUCGAAUUCUUUAA